CAAAUUUUUGACGAAAUUUCACAAAAGUGUUUUUUGGCUCGAAGCAAAGUGCAAAAUUCCCGAAAUGCCGGCUCGCGUGAAACAGUUCUCAUCGAUGUGCACUUCGAUGAAGCCGGUCCUCACUCUGUGCCUGCGCUCGUACAGUGGCUACUCGCCGUUGCACAAUGCGGCGAUUAAUCGGGCGAUGAUGAAUUUCGGCUGCGGCAGCCGGCAGUGGCCCGAGAGGGAGGACUGGUUCGCUGCCAGGCAGUUAAUGCUGCAGAACCAGAUCCAGAACCAGAACCAGAACCGCUACUGGAGCCACAGCAGUGGCAGACAAGGACUGGACCAGACCAGGAGCCGGCGACGUCGAUCCCAGGAUCUGAGCGCGCACACCAUUGGCGAUCUGGACACCGAAGUCGCAGCUCACAAGCGGGAGCAGCACAGGCAGGCCUCGGACGGGAUGGAGUCCACCCCGGAAGAUGAGCGGCGAUAUUACCCGGACCAGGACCGGAAGGCACAGGCCCUGGUGGAGGAGAGCUACGAAAUGCAGGCCCCCUAUGACGAUCAGCGGGUGGGCACCGUCCGCGAGGUCAUCUUUCGCCAGCAACAGGACGACAAGGAUGACGAGGAUGAGCUGGAGCGUAGACGAAACAGCGAGGAGCUCCGGCGACAAGUGUCCGCCCAGCGAAACGAAUACAACACACCGCGGGGCGGCGGCAUCUCCCGCAAGGUCAUUAGUCCCUAUCCAUCAUACACCUCGCACCGCACCCGAUGGGCGGAGUUUCGUCAUGCUAUGAUCUACGGGCGAACGGCCUUCUAAGCUCUGGGCAUCGGCCCUCUCUUCGAUGCCAUACUCCUUCGGAAACAUUUCGAGCAGACUUUUACCAAAUAUAUAAUUAAUACGAACGAGUAAUUGGUAAACUUUUCAAUGGAAAUGGAAUACUUUUGGAGCAUGGGAAUCGGUUGCCUUGGAGCCAUAAUUCAAGACAAUCCAUCAUAGAUGUUUGAUCAUGUCCCCAAUGUUGGCCAGCCUGUUGGGCAACGGAGCCCUCCAUCUGGGCCGCUGCGUGCCCCAGACUCGACACAUUGGCACACGGCCAAAGUUCUGUGAGGAGAGCUCCUAUAGCCUGCACCCCGAGUACCGUCGCAACACGCCCUUCAUAUACAUGAACAGGGAUCGCAGGCGAUCCGAGGCUUCGCCGAGUCGUGAUUACCGUUAUCAAGUGCACUCGGCCCAAUACCGCUGGGCGGAGUUCCGGCGCCACAUGAUCUUCGGUACCUACUAAAUUAGCAAUAGUUCAAUAAAAUACUACAAAUUGGUA